GUAGGUAAAAAUCCCCUUUGAACCUCACCGCCUUGAUUAUCAUUCUCUCCUCUACCUGGCAGACUAGACUGACUGCUGUAACGGAAACAUCUAAUUCUUGAGUUUUAGGAUAAAAUGUCGGCAUGGGCCGCAGUCAAGAAGGCCCUAAGGGUCCGGCGGAAGAUGUUCCGCCUCGCCGACGCCAAGGAAGACAGCCUCCGCGAACUGGCGGGCCUCCCUCCUCGCCAGACCUGGUGCCAGAACUGCUGGGGAGGACUGAGGACCAUCUGCAGGAUGGUGGUGUGUCGCGCCUGCUGUCCGCGUGUGUGCUGGAUGGAUGUCAGCUGCAAGGAACUGCUGUGUCCACGAACUACGUGCUGGGGACGCAUGUUUCAUAUCGGGACUUACGAGAACGAAGUCCUGAAGAACUGCCUGGGAUUCGUCUGUGGUCUUGUGCUCACUUUACUGCUGUACGCAUGGUUGUCUCUGCAGCUGGACUACUCACGGAAGAAGGCUGCUAUCAUCAGUUGUACCAUCGGCUUCGUUCUCACCCUCGGUCUGGCGUUCUCCAUUUCUACACGAUGCCUCGUUCUUCUGACACUGCCUCAGAUGUUCUCCAAACAAGGCCGCAGCUUCUUGCUGGUGUACGCCACCGUGCUGGUCUUCACGUAUCCAGUCAGCAACUUCAACCGCAAUCUGAUGGUCGUUGCUGACAGUGCCACCUGUGGCCAGAGCCUGAUGCUCAACGAGACACAGAGGUUGUUGCAAAUGGUGAAGGAUCCCUUAUCAGCUGUCAUCGACUCUCUCGAAGAGAUGUUUGACAGAAUCAAACGGUUUGCUGACUUGCUGCAGGGAGCUUUCAAGGCGCUGGCCAGAGCUGUGAAGGAGAUCGCAUCUGCCAUUGCUAAGGUUUUCAAGUGGCUUUACAAUAUUGUGGACAUUUGCAACGAGCAGAUGGGGGAGCCAUACAAAAAGUGUACAAAGGUUUUUGAUGAUGCCUACAAAGAUUGCAGCAGACGUCUGGGGGUCUUUGACUUUGUCUGUGGAAUCGUCACCGCCACUUCUCACCUUUGCCACAUCGCCCGCAUCGGAGAAUUACUGUGCCUGUUGUCGGCUGCAAUAAAGACUCUGGUGGUAGACACUAUUAAAGAAGCGACCAUAGGAACGGUGAUGGACUUGCACGAAAUGUUCUACUUCAAUGUAACCAUGAAGAACUACUUCAACUAUACUAUGAACCAGUCGAGGUCCUACACGGAGGUGAAGAAUGCCAUUCUCGCCGACAUCUCGCGCCGCCUAUCGGUCCUGUCAGCCGUCCUGACCGUGGUGGACAAUGUCAUGAUGGUCACCAUCACCUUCGUCUUCAUCAAGGCCUGGUUCUAUCGCAAACACUAUCUCAGCAGUGACAGCUACGACAACUACUAUGUCACGAGCCUGUUGUACGAAAUCGACGAGAGGCGCAAACAACUGGGGAGGGACACUCUGCUGCCUCUCAAGAAAUGCGAGGAAACCAAGUACAUCGGCGCCUGCUCCUACCUCCUUACAAAGAAAGAACAACGCAAGAUGCUAAAGGGCAUCCUCUUCUGGGCAUUUGGCGCUUAUCAUGCCGGCUUCUACCUGGUCAUUGACUACGGUCUGUACUGGAUCCUGGCCAUGAUCACCCGCCAUCUGGCAGUCAAGACAACCGCUUCUCUUCCUGCAUUUCUAAAGCUGCACGUGGAAGGCGAAGGGCCCAUGGCAGACAUGUACCGGUCUAUGGUCAACCUACUGGACCCUUUGGCUAGCAGCGACCUGGAUGUCGACAGUUCCUCCUGUCUCCCCAGGCCUUCCCGUCCAGAUUUGGAUGCUUACAGGACCAUUGUGGUGCUGUAUGUGCUGACUCUGGUGAUGGCCAUGCUGGAGGCCUACGGUCUGAGGCUGCGGCGGGUGGUGGCCGCCUGCUACUAUCCAGCUCGAGAAAGGCAACGAGCGGUCUGGCUGUACAACACCAUCUUGCUCACCAGAGGCGCUUUCUUCAAGUUCACCAGACGCCAGCUCAGACGCAAGUUCAAAAAUGACACCGAGAUACAGAAACUCAGUGUGCGGAGCCGUCUGGUCCGCCAGUGCCCAGCCCUCGGUAGGCUGCUGAAGUUCCUGGGCUAUGACCGAAAAAUGUGUCUGUUGUGUGGGGCAGAGGGGCGUGUCAGCGACAUGGACAACUUCAUUCACUGUUCAAAUCACGGUUGUGAGGCCGUGUACUGUCAGCAGUGUUACGACGACCUCAACAACCUUUGCACUGUAUGCAUGAACCCUGUUGAUUAUGGGGACAUUUCUGAUGCCAGUGAGGAGAUAGAUUCAAGUGAAGAUGAGGAUGUGGUCUAUGCUAAGAAGGCCAUGGCCAAAAAGCUCUAUGCUGAUCGAGAAGCCAAGAGGAAACAAAAACAUCCCAGUCAGGCUAUGGGUCAGAUCAAAGAUCUCUUUGGCAUUUCUUCUUCUAAAGCCAAGUUGCCGCUGAUUGAGGAGGAACAUGAAUCAUCGGAGGAGGAAUCUAAAGCUCUGCUGGAAAAGGAUGCUUCCUCAAAUAAAUCUCAUGUCCUGCAAAUGAACAAGACAUUCUACUCAGAUGAGUCUGAUGACUCUUCUUUCUCGACUCAGGUACAGAGGACUAUGACAUGGCAUAUCAAGAAGCCAGCAAGUCAGGCAUGAACACAAGUACUGAUGACGAAGAGACAGACACAGAAAGAUCAUCCCAGGUCAUCAACUCCACUAUUAGAAUACCACAGUAUGAAACUUCAGAUAUUUUUCAGACUUUUUACAAGUCAUUCUAAUGACCCAGCAUGUGGAGGCCUGUUCUAGUCUGCUGAGUCCAGUCAUAGACCACCUAAGGUUCCAUAUAUUUUUCACCACUGAUAUGUCUGCGAGCUCCAGUUGGUAAAACAUGAUGCCUCAUUCUUCUAGUGUCAGGCUUUGCUGUAGACACUGAUGACAGUUUGAGAUCUGGUUGGUUCAGUUCUAAGGAUGUUGAGUACUUCAUAAUGUUGAAUAUUUGGCCCUCACAGUGUUUUGUGUGAUAAAUAUGAAAAUAAAUAAUUAACGGAAACACUUGUACAUCUACCCUCCUCUUUUAACGUAAUUUAAAAACUAAUAAUUCCAAAAUAUGAUUUAUAUUAAUAAUUAACUAUAAUUAAUCAUAUCUGAUAAUAUAUGAAAAUAAUAAAGAAUGUUAAAUGUGAGUACUUUAUUAGUAAAUGAACAAUAGCAGUGUAAAUUAAUAUUAAUAACUUUUUCAUUGAGGACCAAACAGACUGAAAAGAACGUAAUGUAACAAAGAUAAGUAAAAGAAACAGCAUUUUGUUAACGUUAUUUCGGCAACAAAAUUUUAUAAAAGUACUCUCAUUCAUCUGUCAUGUCCUUUAGAAACAAGUAAUAAAUGUUUAACAAAUAAAAUACAUUUUUUUUGAAAGUACAUAAAAGAUAGUAUAAGCACCUUAGUAGUUCUCUAUAAAAUAAAAUGAGAACACUUUGCAUAACUGGAAACAUAUGGGCCACAUGCAGUAAAAGACAAUGUACUGUAUAUAGCAGCUCUAAAAAAAGGAUAACACAGGAAUAAUUUAAAAAUAGGACAUAGCAUUUCAAUCAAACUUGUAUCAAAACGAACUGGAAACAAGAUUUGACAGUCAUUCCAUUCACACAAGUAAAUUACGCAGAGAAAAUAGCAAUCAGCCAUAAACAUAAACCUUUAUGAACAAUUAACAAUAUUUUAUUUAGCUAAAUGGAUCUUUCAUAUUUGAUGAAAAAUAUAAAGGAAUGAAUGGUCAUACAGCAUGUAGCCCGAAGAGACUGCAUGUACUCUCUGUAUUUAAGAAACAGCUAUGUAAGAAGAAUCCCUAUUAAUUUAUAAAGGUACUGAUACUUGUGUGCAGAGGAACCUCGGUUAGCGAACGCCUCGGAUAGCGAAUAUUUCGGAUAAUGAACAAAAAUUUCGUUAAAACUUUGUCUCGGAUAGCGAAGAAAAUUUCGGAUAACGAACAGCCACGUGAACCACACUUGAC